AUGAAGUUCUCCAUUUUGACCGCUGCCUUGCUGAUGGCUGGCUAUGCCACUGCUGUGCCCAUGAUCAACCCCACCUCCUUCAACGAUGGCUCCGUAGCACCUUUAUACGCUCCUGUUGAGACCGAAGCUGUGCGUGGUUCCUACAUUGUCGUCCUCAAGAAUGAUUUGGAUGCCAAGCAGAUUGAAAACCAUGCUGAAUGGAUUAGCAGUAUGUCUGCUGCUCAUGCUCUUAACAACGGCGAUUAUUUGAAUGAAUACGAUCACGGUAUCAACCACGUUUAUGAGAUGCCAAACUUCAAGGGUUAUUCUGGUAAAUUUGAUAAGAAGCUCUUGGAUGCCAUCCGUCAAUCAGAUGAAGUUGCCUACGUCGAAGAAGAUUCUGUCGUUUAUGCCAGUGAAUUGCAACGCGGUGCUCCUUGGGGCCUUGCUCGUAUCUCUACACGUGAUCGUCUCUCUCUUCGUAACUUCAACAAGUAUAACUACGAUGCUGAUACUGCUGGUGAAGGUAUUAAGGUGUACGUCAUUGAUACUGGUAUCAAUGUGAAGCAUGUUGAUUUCGGUGGCAGAGCUGUUUGGGGUAAGACCAUCCCCAAGAAUGAUGAAGAUGUUGAUGGCAACGGUCAUGGUUCUCAUUGUGCAGGUACUAUCGGAGGAAAGAAGUAUGGUGUGGCCAAAAAGUCCAUCCCUGUUGCCGUCAAAGUAUUGGCUUCAAAUGGUAGUGGUAGUAUGUCUGAUGUCGUUAAGGGUGUUGAUUGGGCUACCAACGAGUAUCUCAAGGACAAGAAGGCUGCUUUGCAAUCCAAGAAGCCUUUCAAGGGUUCUGCUGCCAACAUGAGUUUGGGUGGUGGUAAAUCUCCCUCUUUGGAUGCCACUGUCAACGGUGCUGUUGAAGCCGGUCUUGUAUUCGCUGUUGCUGCUGGUAACGAUAACAAGGAUGCUUGUAAUUAUUCUCCUGCUCGUGCCGAAAAGGCCAUCACUGUUGGUGCCUCCACUAUCUUUGAUGAACGUGCGUACUUUUCCAACUUUGGUGAAUGUGUUGAUGUGUUUGCUCCCGGCUUGAAUAUUGAGUCCAUCUGGAACUCCAAUGAUCAUGCUACCAACACCAUCUCUGGUACUUCUAUGGCCUCUCCUCAUGUUGCUGGUCUUGCUGCCUAUCUUUUGGCCCAAGCUCCCGAAGGUACCACUCCCAAGGAGAUCAAGAAGCAAGUCCUCGAAUUGGCCACUCGCAAUGUAUUCAAGGAACUUCCUGCCAAGACUCCCAACCUUCUCAUUUACAACGGUUUUGAGUAA